UUUGGAGCACCUGCGGAAUCGGGUAAAGAUGUGUAAAUUCAAAUCGGGCACUUGGUCCGAUGGGGAAUCAAAAUUUCUUUUCCCACGCUGGUCACCUGGAUCAGAAACAGUAAACGAAGGGCUAAUGUUGCGGAUGGUCCUGAGUUAGGCCAUCCCUUUAACGCUAGAAUUGACAUGUCACCCUGGCAAGAGAGUCAAUAUAAAAUUAACAUGCCUUCCAGGAGUCACUUUGAGACUUUUGUCUCUAAACAAGUCUCUCCCCAGUUCGCAAUACCAAUUAAGGAAAGGGACAACUAUUCCUUCAGUCCCCUUCCAGUCCCUCUCCUCUCCUCUGGCGGGCCACUACCCACCCACCAUGUAUAAGGUAUUCACUUCUCUAUUAUCUGCCACUGUGCUCGCCAGCCUGGCCGCCGCCUUCCCGGCACCGAGCCCGACCUUGGAAGAGCGAGCCGCGAAGACCUCGGUGGUCAUACCGCAAGGGACUAUUGUGGGCUCCGUCUCCAACAAUGUCGAAAACUACGGCGGCAUUCCCUUCGCGCAAGCUCCGGUGGGGAAGUUGCGCCUCAAGCCGCCGCAGAGGCUCACCUCUUCUCUCGGCACAUUCGACGCCACCGGAGCCGGCCCUUCGUGCCCGCAGAUGUUCUUCUCGACCGAGGGCGACCUCAUCACGGCCGUGCUCGGCAACCUCAUCAACACGCCGCUCUUCCAGACCGUCACCGGCCAGACCGAGGACUGCUUGACGAUGAGGGUCCAGCGGCCCAAGGGCACCAAGGCCGACGCCAAACUGCCCGUCCUCUUCUGGAUAUUCGGCGGCGGGUUCGAGCUCGGCAGCCCGCAAAUGUACGACGCCUCCUCGCUGGUUUCCAACGGCGUGAGCCAGGGGAAACCCUUCAUAUUCGUCUCCGUGAACUACCGCGUCGGCGGGUUCGGGUUCAUGCCCGGGAAAGAGGUCCUUGCCGACGGGGCGGCGAAUCUGGGGCUCCUGGACCAGCGCAUGGGCUUGGAAUGGGUUCAGGACAACAUUGCGCUGUUCGGCGGCGACCCCGAAAAGGUGACCAUCUGGGGCGAAUCGGCCGGGGCUAUCUCCGUGUUCGAUCAGAUGGCUCUGUACAACGGCAACAACACUUAUAAAGGGAAGAAGCUGUUCCGCGCGGCUAUUAUGAAUAGCGGGAGCGUGGUCCCAGCCCAGCCGGUAGACUGCGGCCGCUGCCAAGAUACGUACAAUACCGUAGUGAAAGCGGCAGGCUGCGCCGCAGCCAAGGAUACGCUCGGGUGUCUGCGGGAUGCCGACUACAAGACGUUCCUGAAUGCCGCGAACAGUGUCCCUGGCAUUCUGGGCUACACAUCUGUCUCCUUGUCGUACCUCCCGCGACCGGAUGGCGUUGUUUUGACCGAUAGUCCCGACGUCCUCGCCCUCGGCGGUAAAUACGCCGCCGUGCCUAUGAUUAUAGGGGACCAAGAAGACGAAGGGACGCUUUUUAGCUUGUUCCAGCCCAACAUUACAACUACCGACAAGCUCGUCGACUACAUCUGGAAAGUGCUCUUCCCCGAUGUGACGAGGGACGAUAUCGUGGGCCUCGUCAACACAUACGAUUCAUCCGUCGCCGCCGGCAGUCCUUUCAACACGGGCGAUUUCAACAACAUAUACCCGCAAUUCAAGCGGCUGGCGGCGAUCCUGGGGGACAUCGUGUUCACGCUCACGCGGCGGAUCUUCCUGGAGUCGGCGCUGGCGGCGAACCCGGGGGUGCCGGCGUGGUCGUACCUCUCGUCGUACGACCGCGGGACGCCGGUCCUGGGCACGUUCCACGCGUCGGACAUCCUGCAGGUGUUCUACGGGGUGCUGCCCAACUACGCGAGCCGGGCGAUCCAGAGCUACUACAUCUCGUUCGUGCACACGAUGGACCCCAACGGCGGCACGGGCGCGGGCGCCGACUUCGCCCCCUGGCCCCAGUGGAAGGAGAGCCGCCAGCUCAUGCAGUUCUGGAACAACAGGAGCAACCUGCUUGCGGACGAUUUCAGGAGCGAGAGUCAGAAGUACUUGUCGAGCCAUGCGAGCGUCUUGGUGAUCUAAUAACUAUAGGUACCUACCUUUUUUACUGGUAGCUAGUUGAACGCAUUUUUCGUCACCAAGUUCAUAAUAGUAUUUCGGCGUACGGAGUUGGAUAUCGGCCUAGGUACUUAGCCUACCUAAUCUAAGGUAGCGAGAAAUGCGUGCAAAGGACAUGAUAGCCCUUGAGAAUUGUGGUCAUACGAGGGGAGUUGAUUUUGGGUGGCCUACUUCAGUAAGCAUCUGGUGCAAUGUUACAGUCACAUUGAAAGACAUGCUACCGACCUGGUAUCUUAAUUGAGGAGAGGAGGAAGGGAAAAAAUGGGAAUGAGGAAGUGACUGCAUACCCAAAAGAAGGCAUCUAUACCAUAUAUGGCAGAUAAUCCGACUUCUUAUGCUUGGCUACUGCAACUCUUGUUAGACAUCCAUGGAACUGUGAGCGCGUGGUAGAUCUAGAUCAUGGUAAUUGCCGCUACUGGCGCGGGGUUGCAGGCUCUGCAUUGGCACGAUUUCCCGGCGUGGAGGAAGAUGUAUUGGGGUAGGUUAGAUUAGGUAGUUAUUCCUUGCAUCGUGAAUGAGAUAGCCCCGACGAGAACAAGGCGUAACCCCGCU